UAUAUGAGAACAGCCGCCGUGGCCUACAAUCGGCUAGGAUAGGCUUACUUGAGAUCCUGGUACUUUAACCACUAAUAUUUCUUCUAGUAUCACCUUGUUUGAUGACCGGUGGCGGUAGAAAGUAUGACGUGGAGUCAGAAGCAAUGAAGUUGUACGGAGAAGACUUUAAGUCUGUGCUCAGAAGAUUCAGAAGAACGCCCGACUAUCUCAAGAUAUUGACUGACAAGAUGGACGAUUUAAAAGUCUACGUAAGAGAAAUGAGUGCUCAAGUGCUGAAUUAUAUUCAUUCAAAAAUGGUGCAAAGAGUGAAUGAUUUAGUUGGAGUCACGAGGCCUUUUGAGGAUGCUACUUCCCCAGCCCCAGGAGCUAAUAUGUACUACCACUCUUAUAAUCGAAGACAGGAAGCCGAAGGUGAGGCUGGAGAAGGUGGAGACCCCGGAGAGCCCGAUCCAACAGACCCUGAACCAGGGGACCCUGUAGAAGGAGGAGAGGAAGAUUUGCAGCAUAUGAAGGAUGUAAAGACCCUGGACAAUUAUAAGGCGUUCAACGCUCUUCUCACGACUCAAGAGAGAAACAGUUUCAGAGAUGUUGGUUAUGAGUUCGCUGGCCAACUGAUUCACGCCAUCAUUACCAACAUGGGUCCCGUGGUGGAACCGCAGCCGAAGUCCACCAAGCUACCCAACGGAGGAGACCCUGAAAAGUUUGAUAAAGGCACCACUACUGAACACCCGCAAACUCAUGAGGUGACAGCUGCGUCGACGGCCGGGGAGACUCACGAGCCUUUGCCACCUGAGGGUGAAGAAGCUACCACGCCAGAGACCUACAGAUUCAGGUAG